CCUACCCUGUUACUCUCUCCCCCAAACAUCUCCAGUUUUCUCUCUCGAAGUGCAUGCACCGUCUCAGUCUCUCGUACACGAAUAAGACGCAGAUAGACUCUCUCUCUCUCUCUCUCUUAUUCUUUCGAUUGAUUUGGCUCUGUUCGGCUAACUCGGCGGCCCGAGUUGUGAUGACUCGUCGGUGCUCGCAUUGCAGCAAAGACGGCCACAACUCUCGCACAUGCUCCGCCCGCUCCGGCGGCUCGUCGUCGGCCUCUUCGAGCAGCAUCUCCGGGGGCGUGAGGCUGUUUGGGGUUAGGCUCACCGAUGGGUCUAUUAUUAAGAAGAGUGCGAGUAUGGGUAAUUUAUCCAUGGCGCACUACCACAGCUCGUCCUCCGCCGCCGCGUCGCCUAACCCCGACUCGCCUGUGUCGGAGCAUGUUGGCGACCCGAAUCACUUGCCUGAUGGGUACUUGUCCGAUGACCUUGCCCAUGGGUCCGGGUCAGGGAAUCGACGCGGUGAGAGAAAGAAAGGUGUCCCAUGGACAGAAGAGGAGCAUAGGAUGUUCUUAAUUGGACUACAGAAAUUGGGUAAAGGGGACUGGCGUGGAAUAGCUAGAAAUUAUGUCGUGUCUCGGACUCCUACCCAGGUAGCAAGUCAUGCUCAGAAGUACUUCAUUCGGCAAACUAACGCUACUCGAAGAAAGAGACGCUCCAGCCUCUUUGACAUGGUUCCGGAUGUGGGCACAGAUCCGCUGUCACUUGCAGAAGAUCAAGCAUUUCUGCCUUCAACUCAGGGAGAAGAUGAAAAUCUGGAUGCACUGCCUUCACUAAAUCUCUCUCUGAACACAGAAUACGAACCCAUGGAAACUACACCUUCAGAAACUAUCCAAGAGGAACAUGAAGAAAGUCUUAUGGUGUCAAAUCAAAGCACGCCCACUGUUCCUGCAACAAAUGACAAUGUACCUGUUGUUCAUGGGGCCAGUGAAUUCGCAACAUUUGUUCCUGGAUUCUUUCCAGCAUAUGUGCCUGUCACGUAUCCAUUUUGGCCUUUAAGUGUUGCCCCUCCUGAAGAUGGCGCGGUGACAUCACAUCAUCAGGUCCUGAAGCCGAUUCCAAUGCUACCCAAGGAACCUGUCAAUGUAGAUGAACUAGUAGGCAUGUCUCAACUCAGCCUGGGAGAGACAGGCAGAGGCCAGAGAGAGCCUUCGCCACUCUCUUUAAAGUUGAUAGGAGAACCCUCAAGGCAGUCAGCAUUUCAUGCAAAUGCUCCGGCAAGCAGGUCAGAUUUAAACAAGGGCGACAAUGGUGCUAUCCAAGCUAUUUGAACUGGGAAUCUGGGAUGAAGAAAAGGUUUUAGUUACUCAACUCCCAACCCCCCUUUUCCUCUGUACAAUUAUCUUUUUUUUCCCGUGCAUCUUGUUUCUUUUUUAGUAGUAUGAAGUUGUGCGGUAUUCAUAACUUAGGCAAAGUUUAGUUUGGUUAGAACCAUUUAUUUCUAACUGUAAGCAUAUAAAUAAUCAAAUAACAAAUGAGCAUGGCAUGGAAAAAAAAGAAGUGUAAUUGUUUACAUAAUGAUUACUGGUUCGGUCUCUCUGGUA